AGCAUCAGUUUGUCGUUAUCAUCUGAACUAACACAGACCACGAUGAAUUCGCUGGUGGUGUUGUUUUCUUUGAUGGCCGUUGCCACGGCGAAGCCUUCACAUCUGGUGGCUUUCCCUGGUGCACCAUCAGCCUAUACAUCCGAGUCUCGAGUUGAUGUCCACUCAUCGCCUUCAAUUGUGACAUCAGCUGCUCAUUUGCAAGCAAAGGCUUUGGCUGAAGGGCACUUCAUCCAUAAACGAUCAGCCGCUUUGGUGGCCUCUGUAUUGGGAGCAGUUGCACCCGUAGCGUCAUCUCACCAAUCUCGUGUAGAUAUUAAAUCAUCGCCAGCCGUCGUCAGCACCUACGCAAGUGCCCCAGUUCUUUCAACAUAUGCUGCAGCGCCAUUCGCCUACACUGCGCCGCUUGCCCGUGUUGCUGCGUAUUCGACUCCUAUUGCGACCGGAGUGUACGGUGUACACCCGUGGUAAACUCAUCGAGAAAUCGGGGAACGUCGAUCCUCGGUUUAGAUACAACGAACGACUGAAAAUAUUUGUACAGAAAGAAAUAAACUAAAAAUAACAAUAAACUAA